AUGGCACCCCGAAAAACACCCAUCAUCAUCGGAGUCGGCGACUUCGUCAACCGCUCCAAGAAAGUCGAAGAUGCGAUCGAACCCCUCCAAUUGAUGAUCUUGGCGAUACAAGAAGCUAUCAAAGACAGCGGUCUAGAUGCCUCGCAUAUGGCGACUUUGCAGGCUGAGAUUGAUAGUGUUUCUGUAACAAGAUCUUGGACAUGGCCAUGUGACUACCCGACCCUCCUCGCCGAACGACUCAACUUCAGACCUUUGCAUAAGCAACUGAGCGAAACUCAUGGUGGCAAUCAGCCGGCGAAGUUGGUCGAUGAGGCGGCGAGGAGGAUUAUGACGGGCGAGAGUAAGGUGGCUGUUGUGACGGGAGCAGAGGCUUUGGCAUCGUUGACCGCAUGCGCCGCUGCAAAGAAGAUGCCACCACCGGGUUGGACGGCUCCGGACGAGGAUGUGACUGGCGUGUUCUCUCCGACGACUCGCGCACUUCAAGAAAACUACGGCGCCCGCCACUCCCUCGGCAACCCCAUCCAACUCUACCCACUCUACGAAAAUGGCUUCCGUGCCCACCGCAAUCAGUCCAUCCUCGACAACCACGACGAGUCCUCCCAGCUAUAUGCUGAAUUCGCCGCGGUAGCAGAGAGGAACGAGUAUGCGUGGAACUACCCAGCGAAAGGCGAGACGAAGAAGAGCAUUGGGACGGUGUCGAAGAGAAAUCGGAUGAUUUGCUUCCCUUAUCCUUUGCUUAUGAAUGCGUUCAACACCGUCAACCUCUCAGCGGCAUGCAUUCUUACUUCAACGGAACAUGCGGCAGAGUUGGGCGUGCCGAGAAGCAAGUGGAUUUAUCCUCUCGGAGGAGCGGGCACAGAGGAGAGCACCGACAUCUGGCUCCGUCCAACCUUCACAUGGUCGCCAGCCAUCUCCCGCUCCCUCGACGCCGCGAUCGAGGUCUCCUCCAUCAACAAAGAAGACAUUGACAUCUACGACUUCUACUCAUGCUUCCCCAUCGUCCCCAAACUCGCCUGCCACCACCUCUCCCUUCCCUUAACCGGCUCUCCGAAACCCAUCACGCUCCUAGGCGGCCUGACCUCCUUCGGCGGCGCGGGGAACAACUAUUCCAUGCACGCAAUAACAGCCAUGACCCGCCGCUUGCGCUCGCCGGACGAUAGCAAGACGGGUCUGGUAUUGGCUAAUGGCGGCUGGGUCACCUACCAACACGUCCUCAUCCUCUCUCGCUCCCCCCGCAGCGACGGCCUCCCCUACCCCGAUGCCAACCCUCUCCCGAAAUUCGUCACCGACGUCCACGUCCCCGCUAUCAUCGAGCAAGCCGAAGGGGAGUGCUCGAUUGAGACGUACACGGUCGAGUACUCGCGGGAUAACAAGCCGACGAAGGGGUUUGUGAUUGGGAGGAUGGGAAGUGAUGGGAGGAGGUUUGUGGCGAAUUCGGGGGAUGCGGAGACGUUGGAGCGGUUGGCGAGUUGGGAGGUGGAGCCGAUUGGGAAGAGGGGGUGGGUUAGGUGCGAUGGGAAGAGGAAUUUAUUUACGUUUGGGAAGAAAUUGGGGGUGGAGGAGGGGAAGGAGGGGGCGAGGUUGUGA